AUGACCUCUUUGCCCUGCCCUCUCCUUGGCCGGGACGUCUCCAAAGCCAUCUUCCCGGACCUCGCCCCCGCCCCGUCGGUAGUGGCUGCUUACCCGCUUGGCCUGCCUUCAGCAACCGCAGCCGCCCCCGAUCUGUCCUACUCUGGGCCCUAUGGCCACCUCCUCCCCUAUCCCUACACCAGCCCAGCGACCCCCGGAGACUCCUACCUGCCUUGCCAGCAAGCUGCAGCGCCCCCUCAGCCCCUCGGCGGCCCCGCCGGGCACCCACGAGAGCGGGAGGCAGACUCAGAGAAGCCACAGCUAUCCCCAGAGCCCUUGGAGCGGCGCCCACAGGCCCCGGCUAAGAAGCUGCGCAAGCCAAGGACCAUUUAUUCCAGCCUGCAGCUGCAGCACCUGAACCAGCGUUUCCAGCACACGCAGUAUCUGGCGCUGCCCGAGAGGGCCCAGCUGGCCGCGCAGCUCGGCCUCACUCAGACCCAGGUAAAGAUCUGGUUUCAGAACAAGCGCUCCAAAUACAAGAAACUCCUGAAGCAGAAUUCUGGGGGGCAGGAGAAGGACUUUUCUGGGGGACCCUCCUCCCUGUCUCCUUGCUCCCCACCCCUUCUAUCUCUGUGGGAUCUGCCCAAGGCAGGGGCCUUGCCCACCAGUGGCUAUGGCAACAGCUUUGGAGCCUGGUAUCAACAUCACUCCCCAGAUGUCCUGGCUACGCCUCAGAUGAUGUGA